UUGUUUGAUGAAAUAAAAAAUAUAAAAGCAAAAAUCACAUCAAUAACACCGAAUAUCAAAAAGAGAAAUAAAAGAGGCUUGAUAAAUAUAGGAGGAAUAGCAUAUAAAUGGAUGUUUGGAGUCAUGGAUGAUGAUGACAGACAAGACAUUUUGAACCAUUUAAAAAUUAUUGAAGAAAAUGGCCAUAAUGCCAUUGUAAAUUUAAAUAAACAAAUAGUAAUUAAUGAACAUUUAAAUAGAUCACUAAACUUAUUAAAAGGAACUAUAGAAUCAGAUAGGAAACAAAUAAUAGAAACUUUAAAUAUAAUAAACAAAGAGGAAAAUAGAAUUGAAAGUAAAAUUUUGUAUAAUGAUGAAAUGAAUAAACUAAAAUUCAUAGAAAGUAAAGUUCAAGAAAUACAAAAUAAUAUAGCGGCGGCUAAAUACAAUAUGGUACAUCCAAGUAUGUUAACUAGGGAAGAAAUUGAAAAAUACGAGAUUGAUUUUUACAAACUAAAAUUAUCAAAAGUAGGAGUAGUAGUAUACAGAAACGAUACAAUAAUAUUUGCAAUUCAGAUACCAAGAACAUUUUUUCAAACUAAGAUUCAAUUAAUAACCCCAAUGCCAAAUAGAAAUAAAUUACAAAUUAUUGAAAAAGAAAAAUUCGUUAUAAAAAUUGGCGAAAACUAUUUUGAUUAUGUAGAAAAUAAAGCAUUUAAAAAUCUAAAAUUGAGUAAAAGCUGCAUAUUUUCAAAUACUUGCGAAUUUAAAUAUAAUAACAAAACAUCAAUACAAGAAAUAAGCGAUGACACAAUAUUAAUAAGAAAUGCAAAAAAUGAUGUAAUAAAACAAAACUGCGAUGACAGAAAAAUUGUAUUAAAAAAUAACUAUAUAAUCAAAUUUGUAAAUUGUAAAAUGGAAAUUUUAAAACAAGAAUUUAAAAAUAAUAAAACAGAAUAUAUUCAUACAAUUAUAUACCCUGCCGAAAAAUUAAACCAAAGUUACACACCAAAAUUAACAUUCAAUGAUAUUGCAAUAAAAAAUAUAGAAAACAUAAAAGAAAUUGCAGAAUUAAAAUACCAUAAAAAUGUAUCAUAUGGUAUUAAUAUAUCAUUGAUAAUCAUUGUAAUGGUAGUAGUAGCAAUCCUAGUAAUAAUAUUAAAGAAAAAAACAACAAAAAUAAAAAUUGUAAAUACAAGAACUCAGGAGAGUUCAAACAGUAACGCUGGGGGAGUUGCGUCGUCAAACGACUCCACCACUGUCAAACUCGUCGACACACAAAAAAAGACAAGUAUUUUUUAAAUAUUUUUAUUUCUCUGAAAUGUAAGUUGAAUCUUCAGAUUCAACUACAUACAUAUGUACAUAUAAAAUUGUAAUAUAAGAUACAUAUGCCGGGUCGUUGAUGCUGAGGAAUGUCAAGUCAGCACAACGGCUUCAGGUAAAUUUAGGAAAUAAGAUUUUUGUAAAGAAUAAAAUGAUGAUUAAUAAACUGGACGGCAAGCCGCUCAGUACGGUAAA